AUGGCCGACGCGCUCGUGGUGCUGCAGCUCGACACGCGCUUCCCGCGUGUGCCGGGGGACAUCGCCUGUCCAGAGACCUACUCACUUCCCAUGCGCAUCGAGAUUGUCCCAAAGGCUCAAGUGGCGGACGUUGUGAGCGCCGACCCUGAAGCACUCGACAUCACGGGGUUCGUCUCGGCCGUGGCGGCCGCGGACGCCAAGGUGGUGAGCACUUCCUGUGGCUUCCUGGCCUACUUCCAGAAGGCGCUGGCGGCGCGGACGGAGAAGACCUUCCUCAGCUCCGCCCUGGUGGCCUUGCCAACUCUGCGCGCGCGCUUCCGCGACGAGGAGAUUUUGAUACUGACCUUCGACGCACAAGUGCUUGGCGCCCCCGCUUACAGCAGAGCUCUGGACGGAUUUGAAGGACCUGUAGUCGGUCUCAAGAAGUCCAUGCACCUCUACAAAGUCAUCUCUGAAGACUUGAAGCACCUCGACUUCCAGCAAGCAGAGGCAGACAUAGACGAGCUGGUAUGCUCUGCUCUUUCUCGGUCUCCGGGCAUUAGAGCUAUCUUGCUGGAAUGUACCAACCUCCCACCUUACAAGCACAUCAUCAGGCGGCAUUUUGCGGGUGAGAUCACGGACUGCCUGACUGUCUUGGAAAGUGCCUGUGCUGGACUGGUUAAGGAAGAGUUUCUUCGCUAG